CGGGGCCGACGGUUGUGUCUGGACUGGUCGCCGCCAUGGCCGCCGCUGGGCGCUGACGGACCCAUGGAGGGUCGGGGCGGGCCUCCCGGGCCUUACCGGGCCACCAAGCUGUGGAAUGAAAUCACCACAUCUUUCCGAGCAAGAAUGCCUCUAAGAAAACACAGACAACACUUUAAAAAAUAUGGCAAUUGUUUCACAGCGGGAGAAGCCGUGGAUUGGCUUUAUGACCUAUUAAGAAAUAACAGCAAUUUUGGUCCCGAAGUUACAAGGCAACAGACUGUCCAACUAUUGAGAAAAUUUCUUAAGAAUCAUGUGAUUGAAGAUAUCAAAGGCAGAUGGGGAUCAGAAAAUCUUGAUGACAACAGUCAGCUAUUCAGGUUUCCUACGACCUCUCCACUUAAAGCUCUCCCACGAAGGCAUCCAGAAUUAAGAAAAAGCAGCAUAGAUAACUUUCCUAAAGACAAAGAUAGUAUUUUUAAAUUACGAAACUUAUCUCGUAGAACUCCUAAAAAGCAUGGAUUACAUUUCUCUCAGGAAAAUAUAGAGAAAAUAAAGCAUGAAAUAAUUAAUGAAGAUCAAGAAAAUUUAGUCGAUAAUAGAGAAAUAAGCCAGGAAGACAUUAAAGAAGUUUGGCGAUACGUGAUUCUGACCCACCUGCAGACCAUUUUAGGUGUGCCAUCUCUAGAAGAAUUCAUAAAUCCAAGACAAAUAAUUCCUCAGUACGUCAUGUACAAUGUGGCCAACACAAGCAGACGUGGAGUGGUUCUACUGCAAGACAAAGCAGAUGACCUUCCUCACUGGGUAUUAUCUGCCAUGAAGUGCCUAGCAAACUGGCCAAGAAGUAAUGAUGUGAAUAAUCCCACUUAUGUCGGCUUUGAACGGGAUGUAUUUAGAACAAUUGCAGAUUAUUUUCUAGAUCUUCCUGAACCUCUUCUUACCUUUGAAUAUUAUGAACUAUUUGUGAACAUUUUGGUUGUUUGUGGCUACAUCACAGUUUCAGAUAGACCCAGUGGGACACAUAAAAUCCAAGACCAUCCACAAUCUUCAGAAACCCUUCACAUAAACAGUUUGAAUUCCUUCAAAUCAACUGAGUGUCUCCUUCUCAGUCUGCUUCGUAAAGACAAAACCAAAGAAGAAUCAGAUUCCACUGAGAGACUACAGACAAGCGGUCAAGGAUUUCAAGAAAGCUGUGCUGGAAACAUGCAGCUAGUUAAUUUAAAAAGCAGAAGAGUGAGCGCUAAUGACAUCGUGGGCGGAAGUUGUCAGAAUUUAAUGGGCUUCCAUAGCGGGCGUGCUCUGUCCUCUAGCAUCAAGCCGAGGUGCUGUUCUUUGGAAGGAAUCGUGGAUGUGCCAGGAAGUUCAAGGAAAGAGACAUCCAGUGUCUUUCAUCAAUCUGUUCUGAACAUAGAAGGGCAAAAUUAUAAACAUUUUUUAGAAUCUAAGCCCAAACAAGAAUUCCAAUCCAGUCUCCAUUCAGAGGAGAGUAUUCAGAAGCCACUCAGUGCUGGCUUUAAGAGAAGCUCUGCCCUGACUGUUCAAGACCAAGAGGAGUUACUGACUAGGAAAUGCAAGUCAAAACAGCUCUGUAGGUCCCAGAGUUUGCUUUUGAGAAGCAGUUCAAGAAGGAAUAGUUAUAUCAAUACGCCAGUGGCUGAAAUUAUCAUGAAACCAAAUCUGGGACAAGGCAGCACACGUGUGCAAACAGCUACGGAAAGUGAACUCGGAGAGUCUAGCAUCACAGUCACUAAGAGACUCUGCAGAAGCACAAUAGAACUCACAGAGAACCCUUCCCCUGCAGCUGCUUCUGUGUUGACUGGCACACAAAGUUUGCUGAAACCUCACUUAGAAAGGGUCGCCAUCGACGCCCUGCAGCUGUGCUGUUUGUUACUCCCCCCACCAAACCGUAGAAAGCUUCAGCUUUUAAUGCGUAUGACUUCCCGCAUGAGUCAAAAUGUGGAUAUGCCUAAACUCCAUGACACAAUGGGUACAAGGUCACUGAUGAUACACACUUUUUCUCGGUGUGUGCUGUGCUGUGCUGAAGAAGUGGAUCUUGAUGAGCUGCUUGCUGCAAGAUUAGUCUCUUUCUUAAUGGAUCAUCAUCAGGAAAUUCUUCAAGUGCCCUCUUACUUACAGACUGCUGUGGAGAAACAUCUUGACUACUUAAAAAAGGGACAUAUUAAAAAUCCUGGAGAUGGACAAGUCGCUCCUUUGACAGUUUACUCAUACUGUGAGCAGAUAAGUGCUCAGGAGUUUGAUGAACAGAAGGUUUCUACCUCCCAAGCUGCAAUUGCAGAGCUCUUAGAGACUAUUAUUAAAAACAAGAAUUUACCUCUAAAGGAGAAAAGAAAAAAACUAAAACAGUUUCAGAAGGAAUAUCCCUUGAUAUACCAGAAAAGAUUUCCAACUACGGAGAGCGAAGCAGCACUUUUUGGUGACAAGCCUACAAUCAAGCAGCCAAUGUUGAACUUAAGGAAGCCAAAGUUCCGGAGUCUGAGAUACUAGUGGAGUUAAAGCCCACUCGUGGGGCUCUCGCAAAUGGAGCCACGUCUGAGAAUCCAGCUACUAGCGGGAAGUCCCUUACUAGCAGGGCUUUCCACAUAAACACAUUUGUAAGG